CAGUUGAACUGGGCCACUGGCCUUCCAGGCGUUCAACCUACUUGGGAUCGGGAAUUUUCGGUCUUCAUUCGUGAUUUGGAUCGCGAAGUUAGUGAAGGAGAAUUGGUCUCACUCUUCACCCAAACAUUCCCUUCAACCAAAUCUGCCAAAAUCAUGGGAGAUCUUUCCACCGGUCUUUCUCGUGGAUAUGCUUUUAUCAGAUUUGGUGAGGAGAGUGACAUGCAUCGCGCUCUCGCACUCGGUCGUUUGAAGACCGGCACUGGGAUGUACCUCCGAGGACGAGGUAUUAAAAUCAGUGAGGCCAGUGGCUCCAGU